CCAAAAAUUCCCCCAAUUUCUAAUUUCCCCACUCAGACCCAGAUACCCUCUUUUCUUUUUCAAACUCUGUGAAAUCGAUUAGCAAAGUUUCCCUUUUUACUUGGGUUGACUUCAACAAAUUCCAUUUUUCGGCGGCUGAUUGGAAAUGGUUUCCCCGGAAAACACGAAUUGGUUGUAUGAUUAUGUGGUUGAGGAUGUUGCUGUUCCUGAAGGGAAUUUGUCUGCUCCAGCUUCUGGAUUUUCAUGGUCUGUGCAACCCUUGAAUGGUUCAUCCAUUAUCAGCAUGGAAAAUGAUUGCUCAUUUGAGGAUUCAGAUGCCCAGAGGGAACCUGGCUCAAAGAAGCGAGCUAGAACUGCAUCUUGUGCUCCAUCGAGUUCCAAAGCAAAAAGGGAGAAACAACGAAGAGACAAGCUGAAUGACAAGUUUAUGGAAUUGAGUGCUCUCUUGGAGCCUGGAAGGCCUCCCAAAACCGACAAGGCUGCUAUUUUGCUUGAUGCUGCUCGCUUGGUGACUCAACUACGAGGUGAAGCCCAGAAGCUAACGGACUCGAAUACAGAUCUGCAGGAAAAGAUUAAAGAGCUGAAGGCUGAGAAGAACGAGCUCCGCGAAGAGAAGCAAAGGUUGAAGGCUGAGAAGGAAAAGCUGGAGCAACAACUAAAGACAACAAAUGUGCAACCUGGCUUUCUGCCUUCUCCUGCCAUGCCUGCUGCAUUUGCUGCCCAAGGUCAAGCUGCAACAAACAAAUUUGUGCCCGUAAUCAGUUAUCCUGGAGUCGCCAUGUGGCAGUUCAUGCCUCCUGCUGCUGUCGAUACUUCACAGGAUCACGUGCUUCGCCCACCAGUUGCAUAAGUUGGCAGUCAAUGCCUUUAAUGGUGGGAAUCACAUUAUGGUCCAAUUGUCAAUUGUCUCAACUCUUAUUAGUUUUUGCCUACUGUAUAACUUUGUGAACAAUGUUAAGCAUGUGUGAUUAUUGGCUUUGAUGAAUGAUCACUGUGAAGACAGACUCGCUACAGUUUGAUCAGUCUUUUUUGUAUCUCGGUAAAAAUAAUCAUUGUCAUCAAUCGAUUAACUAUUCGUGAUUCUAGUUUUAUUUUA